AUGAGCGAUAUAGUCCAGCGUGGUGAUCCCAUAGGAGGCAUGUGGAACUAUAAUGCAAACCAGGAGUGGGUGGUAUACACUGACGCUAGUAAACAUGCCUUGGGCGUGGCACUCACUAUCGGCGGUGUCUAUGUCGAGGACAGCACACGCCUUCGUAGUGUCCGCGAUUGCCGUCACAUAAAUCUGGCUGAACUUGAAGCUGCUAUACUCGGUCUGCAGCUCAUUGGCAAGUAUAUAACGGUUCUAAACUGUGAGGCUGGAAAAAAGGAACAGGCCAACGAAGUAGUCCUUUGCCGCAUCAGCGGUCAUACCCUAAUCAUUGAAGACGUGCCCGAGCGAUUCCAAAAUCUGGCUGCCCCGUGGUGCGCAAGCCGAAUCGCUUUCUAUCUCAGUCUGACAGGCCGCAUCACAUCUUCCCAGUCCGGCAAGCCUCAAGGCUGCCGCACUAUUAACGCAUUCCCCACCAACAUACUCGGGGAGCUCUCGCCCCCAGUUGAUUAA